AUGAGAAACCGUGUAAGAAAAAACAAUAUUGGACAGUUCUCCGACGAACAAAUGGAGAGAGCUGUUAAACUUAUUCUCGAAAAUAAAAUUAGCUUAAGAAGAGCAGCAGACGAAUGUAAUGUUAGUUUUGUUACAUUAUUUAGGUAUGUAAAAAAGCAAAAAGCUGCCAACGAUGAAGGAUCUAAUAUGAAAAUUCGUUUUACUCAUAAGUAUAAUUCCCGUUUAAUAUUCACUGCCGAACUAGAAAAACUUUUAUCAGAGUAUUUAUUGAUCUGUUCCAAAAUGUGCUACGGAAAAUCAACACGUGAUACACGUGAGCUGGCAAAUGAAAUGGCUAUGAUAAAUGAGAUAAAUGUACCUCCAAGCUGGCAUGUUAACUCAGCUGCUGGUUUGGACUGGCUAAGAGGUUUUUUAAAAAGAAAUACAACAUUGUCCAAAAGACAACCUGAGAAGUGUUCUCUUUCUCGCUGCACAUCAUUUUAUCGGCUACGAUAAUCUUAAAAGAAGCCUUACAACGUUCAACAAGUUUUGCAGAUGGUUCAAGGAUAUGGAAUUUAGAUGAAACUGCCACCUCUACAGUAAUAAAUAAAUCUGUCAAAGUAAUCGCAGAAAAGGGAUCUAGGGGGGUAUCCACUAUAGCGGCUGGAGAAAAAGGUACACUGGUGACAACCGCCGGCUCUCGUUUUUCCCCGUGUAAAAUUCAAAGACCAUAUGUUAAUAAACGGCCCCCCAGGAUCUUAAGGAUUGGCGACUAAAAGUGGGUGGAUGACUGCGGAUAUUUUCCCUCAAGUCAUUAAGCAUUUUAUUAAACAUACAUUGUCUUCAAAAGAAAACCCAACGUUACUAAUAAUGGAUAACCAUCACAGCCAUAUAUGCAUUGAAGUCAUAAAUCUAGCUAAAGAAAAUGGUGUAACAAUAGUCACACUUCCACCCCAUUGCAGUGGAAAGUUACAACCACUGGAUGUUUCAUGUUAUGCUCCAUUCAAAACAUAUUAUGCUGCUGCUGUAGAUUCUUGGCAAAAACAAAAUCCAGGAAAGGUUUUCUCAAUAUAUAACAUUGCUGGUUGUGUAAAUGAAGCACAUCAAAAAACUAUGAUACCAACAACAAUUGUCAAUGGAUUUAGGAAAACUGGAAUUUUUGCUUAUAACCGCGAUUUAUUUACUGAAGCCGACUAUAUGUCUAGUUUUGUAACUGACAGACCAAAUCCUGAACAUUCAACCGAAAUUGAUCUUAUCGAUCCCCCACUACUCGCUGGUCCAUCAUCACAAUCAAAUGAAGAGCCUUCACUGCAUAAAUCCCAACAUGUUUUGCAAAACACAAGUGAAAUGAAAACAAUUGAUAAUAAAACUUUUAGAAGUCUUGCGGAAUUCAAAGCCUAGAAAGGCGAUUGGAAAUCUAAUUGAGAAUCUGAAAAAAAUCUAAUUGAGAACGCAGCAUCGGAAGCUGCUGCCAAAAAUUCUAAAAUUAGCAUUUCUAAAAGAAAAGAAGCAACAAAAAAAAUAUUUGUCCAAGAGUCCAGUGAUAAAGACGAUCCACUUGAUGAUUGGUCAGCUACUUCCUCAAUUGGAGGGUUAUUUGACCCUGAUGAUAUAGAACAGGAAAAUGCCGUAGAAUUAUCUUUUACUCCAGUAGAGUUUCUAAGAGUAAAUGAAUUUGUAUUGGUUGAAUUUACAGAUAAGAAAAAGUUUUAUUAUGCUGGCCGAGUGACUAAAGAAAAAAAUGACGAAGAUGAAGUAGAAAUUUCAUUUUUAAGAAAAAGUGCUAAAGUGGCUCGAGCUUUUUCCUAUCCCCUAGUUGAAGACAUUGCAUUCGUUAAUAUUAAGGAUGUUAAAUUAAUAUUACCUAAUCCAGAAAAGAAACAAGGAUCCAAAAGAACACAAAGUUAUCUAAUUUUUGAAAUGUCAUUCUCAAAUUUAGAAGUACGUUAAUAUAUAGGUGGAUAUAGCUUUAUUUGUAAUCAUAUUAUUUCUUAAUAAAAAUUUGUGUUUUAAAGCUCA